GGACACUAGAAGAAUUGCUCAUCAGAAGAAAAUGCUGACUCUAACGGUGUUGAUUCUUACCUUAGCGUUUUUGCCUGAACAUGCAUUUUCCGCUGUCGUCAAGAGAGGAGACAAUGGAUUGUCAGACGAUGAAAAACAGCAGAUGCUAGACCGUCACAAUUUGAAGCGGAGUUUAGUCAGUCCAUCCGCUACCUUGAUGACUAGAAUGAUGUGGGACGACGAACUUGCUGCAGGUGCGCAGGCGUGGGCCAAUAACUGUAACUUCGGCCACAGCGGCGGGAAUUACGGUGAGAACCUGUAUGGUUCCACCGCCCCUCCGGGAGCAACUGCCGCCGUGGACAGCUGGGACAAUGAGAAACAGUGGUACACGUUGUCCUCCAACACAUGCAACCCUCCUCCUGGAAAAAGCUGUGGACACUAUACGCAGGUCGUCUGGGCUGCCAGUAACAAACUCGGAUGUGGUAUGAAGAAGUGCACCACGGGAUCGUCCACGUGGUACUAUGUCGUCUGCAGAUAUUCGCCUGCAGGUAACGUGAAGGGCAGUGCGCCCUAUACUCAAGGAACAAGCUGCUCGGGAUGCGUGAGCAACUCCGACCUGACCGGAGAAUGCCGAAACAAACUCUGUCUUACCAGAGAGGAAUGUUCAACCCACCCUGAAAACUGUGGCGAGCAGGCCUGUGGCGGACAGCUGUUUGAUUGUAAAAAUGGAGGAACCGCCAACUACGAAACCUGCGGCUGUGACUGCGCACAAUACUUCACUGGCGCCACCUGCGAGCAGUAUGACUGUGCUCAGAUGGGCAACAAUGGGGCAGAUGAGUGGUAUUGCAGCCAGUGGGCAGAUAAUCCAAAUACUUGCGCAGACAACAUGAUAUUCAACGGGGCAGUAGUGAAGUACGGGAGCUGUCCACAGUUGUGCAAUUUGUGUCCUUAACUUCCGGACGUUUACAGAUCACGUGACCUAUUUGACAAGUUUGAGUGACUGGUACCAACUGGAAGUUUGUAGAGAAUAUGACGCCGAUUUUAGGUCACUAUAGCUGACAUGUGUUCAGCAUGAUGAACAACUAUUUAUUCAGAAUAAGAACUAUUUAUUUUGCCGUUGGAUAUGGUGAUUGAUUAAGAAAGGUUUCUUUUUCUUUUUUGAAUAAUGUGAAAGAAAAGAAAUAUGCAUUCAUGCGUGACCCAAAAGUCUCCUCAAUCUUCAGAAAUGGUAAACUGGUUAUUUUUUUUAAAGCUACCGGCUGUCGUGAGGGUGUUUCCUUUUUUUACUUUACAUACCCGUUUACUGUGCUGUCUAAACACAUUAACCUCCUAACUUUCCAUUUCUGAAAAAUGUUUAUCAGAACAAGCAAACAAACAAUGUUAAUUAAAUAUGCCACAACCAAAUUGUGUGCAGGAUGAUAAUCGAUUGGUUCACAUUUUCUAAAGCUUUGCUAUGUCACAUCAUCCAUUAUGGUUCUGUGCUCUGUCUACUCUGUGAAAUAAAUACGGUUAAGUAACGGCUAAAAUGACUUGAAUAUAUUGAAAUUUUUUGAGUAAAGGUUGAAAACAUGAAAGUCAGGGUAUGCUUUCUGAAAUG